AUGAAGCCAAAUAUGAAAAGCACAAUUGAAUACGUCGUGUUAAAAGUUUCGAGCCAAGCGGUUGAACGUGAGGCUCGUGUUAUCCUGUUUGCUCUUUCUUUGGCAACACUUGAACUUCUCUCAAAGGUAAUGUAAUAGCCCGGUGCACUUAAAACAGCAGCUACAACAAAUAUUGCGCACACAAAUUUACGCAUGAAAGUUUUCGUCACUUUUCUCAUGUGCACAAAUGGUUUGAGAAUCGCAUAGUACCUUUCCAUUGACAAGGUUGCUAGAAUAUAAAUUGAGCUCAAUGCGUCGAAAGUAAAAUCGGUAGUCGCAUUGGAGGCGUCUUUUGAAAGGAGGACGACGCUGAUAAAACCUCGACUGAAAAGCACAGAUCGGCGCUUGAAAGAGCUUGUAAAAGAAAGGUGUUCGGACAUUCCCGUAGCCUCUUGUUUUUUUGGAUAAUGACUAUGACCAUUAGGUUUCCCAAAACAUUGUAAACGUAGAUUGGAAUAGUGGUGUAAAUUAUGAUCGAAGAAAACAUUGAAACCAUUUGAGAAAAAAAAGGUGAACCUAAGGACGAAAUGUUGGGAUUCAAAUGAUCGUAUGCAGUUAUCGAAAGUUGCACCCAAAAGGAGGCCUUCUUUAUAAACAUACAGAUAUAAUUUCGCCGACCCCCUCUAAGUGUUUGUACAACAAAGAAAGGUGUUCCUUUUAAAACGAAGUUUUAUUAAGAGUACUUCUUUUUAAUUGCUCGGCAACAAUAGUGUUUACCCUGCGCGAAAAAAGUGCCAUAAAAUGAGAAAACCUGUAGGAAACAAAUUAAGAAGGUGCAGAUGUUCACAGCUGGUCUCUUGUGUUUGAAUUUGUUUCAGCCAACUGGAAUUGCGGCUUAACCCUACUUUUGCCUAGAGUGGACGCUUUUAUUGCUUUUUCUGUUUUACCAGAAGUUACUAUCUGAAAUCAUCGAUGUAAAGGGAAACUAAAAAAAAAAAAAUGAACAAAACCAGUCAAUGUAAAUGCUGUCCUUAGAAACCGAGCGAAGAGUUUCCAUUCUAAUAUGCCAUAUACUAUUUUCAUUUGAAAUUUAGGGGCUCACGAUGCUUGCAAGUUUUUCAGAACGGAGUGUUUGCCAAGUGAAUACUGCGUUCCGCGGGUGCUGUCGGGAAUGGUCUGGCCAGGAGAAUACAAAUGCCUUUGUAGAAAGGGUUGGAAAAAAGUUCGCGGGCGCGGAUGUGUUGGUAAGGUAGAGACUGGUAUUUGCGCAUGCACCGAUGAAAAAAAAAUGUGCGAAUCUUUGUUUCCUUUUAAAUUGUUCAAGAACGACUGCCUGAUAUAAAGAGAAAGAAAAAUACCAAGAAAUCAUUAAUUGAUUCUUUAUACGUAAGAAAUAGGAAUAACUCGUUUGCUUGGGUAUGUUAAACUGAAAACAAACUAAAAGGAAACAAAACAAAAAGAAAACGCAAACUAGAAAAUGUCGCAUACAGCGGACUUUGUAUUUGCAGGUAACCUUACUUUGGCAACAGUCAUAUGGUUAAUGGCUUGAAGCUCGCCCUAUUUCAGGUUACGUUGUUGGGGUGUGCGUAUUUGUUUUCAACAUUCUUUUGCCGCCGCUUGCUCUCAACAACCAAUCAUUUCCAAUCUACCACCACAUUCAUUGCAUUGCACCUCUGUAUUUAUUGACGGUGUUGACAGCAACACGUCAUUACUCGAGUAUAGACCUUUUUAGCUUUUGUUUUCCCAAUUUAGACCACGUGAUGUUCUCCAGGGGAAUUGCCUCUUGUCUUUUCAUAAAUCAUGCAUACCAUUUGCCGGUAAACACACGUACAUAAGACAAUAUUUGAAAGAAACAGUUCUCUGGGGUACCAUCACAUGGUUUUAAAUGGGAAAGCAAAAAAGACAAGCGAAAACAAAACCGAUGUUCUUGUUGCAGACGUUGACGAGUGUGGUGCAACGUUCUCUCCGUGUAGAUGGUGGGCUGUUUGUGUUAACACACUUGGAAGUUACUCGUGUCAUUGUCGGAAGGGCUAUGGGGGCAAACAAUGUGAUGUCGGUAAGUAUUCCUUGUACAUAACCGGAAGUCACCAGUACUUCCUUCAUCGCCUUCAGUCAGGAAAUUCGGCGACGCAACAGUCCGGUUUACUUGCCAAGCUUUAAGCGAAAGAUUGGAUUGAUGUUCUAAUCCUGCGCCAAUGCAAUAGUUUGCUGUGGUUUCCCGAUAACGGGUAGGACGUUAUAUAACGCAAGAUCGUUAUUUUUUAAAAUUGCCUAACCUCGAAAGAGUUCACUUUUGUUUGGGCAAUAUUGCAUAUUUGCGUUAUUUAGUAUCUCUUUUGCCCAGGUUCUGGCACUUUCCGCACCCGAGGGAAGCCAAGAUUGCGGAUUCAUGAUUGCUCAUAUGAUAUGAUAACGUGAUUUCUAUAUCAGAUGACGUCAUCAAGCCACGUAAACUAUCAUGGCUUCGACAUCUCUUGCUCCCGGCCCGGGCUCUUGCUUCCCUUUCAUCUGUCCAAGGUUCAAUAAAUUUUCGAUAUCACUGUGGAGUGGCCGGUCGAGGGUUCCAUGUCGACAAUACUGUGGCCUACUCAGUUUCUAAAGACUUCAUUCACUGAACAUUGUUCAUUUCUCAGAUAUUGAUGAAUGUCAGAUGAAACCGUGCCCAGAUAACAGCAUCUGUCAAAACACACCUGGCAGUUUUAAUUGUACUUGUCAGCCCGGUUUUUCAGGCAAAAGUUGCUCUGGUAAGAAUGAUUAUAGCGUAUUUCAUAUAAAAUGAAUCGGAUAGACCCUGAUUAUCGUGACGAACGCGAUAUUGCCAAUUAAGCUUAUUAUUUACCUUUUUAUGGAGGCAUGUGUGGCAGAACAGUUAACACCUCGAACUCUGGAUCUAGAGGGCCGGGUUUCAAACCUUGCCCAUCUCGAUGUUUCCUUAGACAAAGAACUUUACUCCAGUUUGUUGUUUACUUCACCCAGGUGUAUAGAUGGGUACCGGCGACAUACUGCUUGAGGGUAAACCUGCGAUGGAGUAGCAUGCCGUCCAGGAGGGAGUAGCAAUACUUCUAGGCAUGCUUCAUGCUAGGGAAACCGGGAUAAGUUCCGGCCUUUUGGGGCUUUGGCUCGUGUGCGUCUUUACCUUACCUUUUUAAUUCUCAAAAACUGUGAAAUUGUAGCUGAUGUUGUGAUAAACGUACAUGCAUUGCAUAUAAAAUAAUUCCUGAAGACAUAGGCAGUAUAAGAUCUCAAGCAAGUAGUUUAAGGCCUGUGACUAAAGGUCUACUUGAGGAAAAUGAUUUAUUGGCUAUAACUUCGGCAUAGAUGAUGAUGCUAAAUCAAAAUUUGCCACAAAUAAAGAACUCCUCCUCCUUAACAUUUUUAAGUAUAAAUAUUGUGUGCUAAAAAUCGUAAAUUAUUGACCAAUUGGUGGCCGGUUUAAAAAAAAAUCGAGCGAUAGCAUUUUUCUAAUUCAUAUUAAAUACUUCUAACACUUCACACUUGGAAUGACAAUCUUUUGCACUUCAAUAAAAAAUUAUGAGGGAAAACAUCAUUUUAACUGCUCAAAUUUAUUCUUGAAUUAUUUAAAAUUUAAUUUUAAAUUUCAUGUACAUUUUGUUUCAAACGUAGAAAGUUAGGUACGUUUAUCCUCUUUCAGAAAUGCCAAUUUGCUUACCCAUUUAAACAAAGUAAAUUCGCCACCAAUUCGCAAAUUUCCUUCAUUUUCAAUUUUUGGUCACGUGACAUGUCACGUGAUAAUAAUUAAACGUGAAGGCGCAAGAAAACCUACUUUUGGGGAAAAUUCAUUUUAUUCUGGGUCUCCUAGCGAGAAAUAUUGCUAUAUCAUUCAUAUGCUUUGAACACACCUUUAACCCAGGCCUUAAAGAUGUAUGUACCUCGCAUAUCCCAGGAUCUUUUUGUUUUGAAAAAGGGAAAAGGCGCUCACAUUUUUUAAAUUUAAAAUCCUUGGGGACGAAGUUCAAAAUGCAUUGCAUAAGAGCAGUAAAAUGAGCACUGAGACUGGCUUUGCAUGUUUAACCCAACAAGACCAUACUAGGUUGAUAUGUAUGCGACAUUCACGUUCUACAUUCUGAGAGGAUUCAGCGAUGUUAAGGGAGUAGUUUUGUGCCGAAUUAUCACAUAGAAACUUUACAAUUGAAAUGCACUUAAUAAUGUAUAAUGUGCUAAAAUACAAUGUACUUUACAAUUAGAGAGCGUACAGUACAAAUGCGUACCCCAGGCAGAGAGAAUUUCAAAUAAGAUUAGUGAUUGUUGGAUUGUUUUAGAAGUUUCAGGAAUGGACUCAUCGUCCAAGAAUGAGCCAAUCAUCACAUUUCAAGUCGUAAAGCAACACUCUGUAAAAGAAAUUUCCAUCCCUCGACACAAGCCUGUAACUGUCAUUCGCAAGGCCGUGCACAUUACAGACGCUGGAUCUAAAGAGAAGGCAAUCAUGGGAUCACUGAUAGCGACUCUCAACCUUUUGGGAAUAUUUCUUUAUUGGUGAGAAGACGCUGGCUGUUUUCCGUCCUUAAAUAUUUUUUAAUAAGGGAUUUUAUAUUUAGCACUGAAUUUGAUUUACUUCAACUGACAACACGAACAGGGACUUUUCAUUUUCCUGGCACCAAAUGAGACUUUUCAUAUCUUUGUCUUGGAAGAAAACAAUCACGGUCUUGCUCCUGCGAUGUGAGUUGAAGCUCGCCAAAUUUGCAGCUAAAGGUUGCUUUUAGAAGUUCUACGCUUUCUUCUCUCCCGCCGCGCGGCUUAAAGGGGCUUUUUGUUUCGGGAAUAUCCGCUCAGGUGCUUGGCAUGAAGGAUAUUCAGUUGGCUUGCUUUCGCGACCGCAAUCACGUGAUCCGCGUAAUUCCAUUUGCACGUCUCCUCCUAUAAUGUUUGCCACCCAAAAUUUUAGCAUUUCUUUUGUUUUUAAUUGCUCCUGAGUAUGACAAUCGUCUAACAAGAAUUUGAGGGCAUCAAGAGUGGAGUAUGGGAGACUGAUGUGCAAAUGUCAAUGAAUGCUCCAUCGAGCCUCUGUCCGAACUAAGAGAGAGCUACCACAAGAUGGGAUAAACUCUGGUACCCAACCUCUUAUCAGAAAUCACGUUAUUUCUUUGUAUUGUCGUUAGAAGCUCAGAUUGAAAUGUCCGCUAUGUUUACUUUGAUCCUUUGAAUCUUCUUGUGGGCAGUAAAACAGCCCAUGCUUACAGGAACAGGAGUAUUUCAUUUCUGAAGGAUAGAAAGGAUUGAGACGCGCGUGCUUCGCGCAAGAUUCUCGUCCCGUGCAGUCUAAUCUUUUAACUGAUCAUUUCUUGUUUAUCGUAGGAGACAAAGGAAGAGAAAGAGAAAUGAGGAAUUUAAAAAAGAGGGCGAACAAGACAAUUUAUCCUCUCAACUUCUGGAGCGGGAGGAAAGAAAUUCAAGCUUUGGAGCGGUUUCGCUAGAGGAAGAAAUUUUUCCUAGCACUCAAAUGUUGGUACACAAGGAAGCUGUUUCAAACUCUUCAUUGUUAGAUAAAGAGUCUCUUUCUCACAAUAUGCUGUUAGAAAAUAUCGUACCGACAGGCGCUAAUUCAUUUACGGCAAACAAGGAAAGAGUUCUUAGUGAAGAUUUAAUUGUGUCCAACUUAGAUCAGACGAUUAGAGGAAGAGAAACUACAAUCAAAAGUCAGUCAUUGUCUGAAAUAGCUUCUCAAAGUUGUGAAAGAUUUAAAAGCAAAGGAGAUCUUCAAAUCAAUCUAAGUAAGGGAAGCAAAGAGAAAGUUUUAAGCAAUCAUGUAUUGGUAGAUAGGGAAACAACUGCAGCUGGAAACUUUCAAAUUUUGGAAAACAACUCUUAG